CAAAAUAUCAUGAGAAAAUGAAAAUAUCACUGUUUUCUUAACCCCAACCCUAACUUUUCUAUCCUCCUCUCUCUGUCUUUUCUUUUUUCUCUUUCAGAUACGAACAUUGGUCCCUUCUUUUUUGCAUCCCUCCAUUACUCUACCUUAAAACCUCUGUUUGCUCUGUUUUUCUCUUGAAGAGAGAAAAACAAAAAAAACCCUAUUCUUUUUAUAGCGAUAGGAAGAAUCAUAAACACUCUUUCUCAGUGAACAGAGGGCACAAAGAAAAUGGGAAAGUACAUGAAGAAAUCUAAGAUAGCAGGGGACAUAGCAGUCAUGGAAGUUUCUCAUCAGUCAACCUUGGGUGCUCGUACCAGAUAUGCUAAGACCCUAGCUUUGCAAAGACUCCAAAAAACAAACCCUUCUCCUUCACCAGUCCGACUUGUCGCGUCAACCCCAGAUGUCUCUUCCCUUUCUUAUCUUCAGUUAAGGAGCCGUAGGCUGGAGAAGUUGCCUUCCCCUGUUUCGUGUGAAACCAAACAGAAACGGCAGGAGAAAGAGAGUAGUUGCAGAAAAGAGAAGAAGAAUGGUGAGAACAAAAGUGAAGCGUGUUUUGGGAAAAACAGGGAAACGGUUGUGGGAAUGGGGAUUUGCUGUGAAGCGGAGGAGGCUUCUUUUGGAGAGAACAAUUUGGAUUUUGAACUCAGAGACCGGAGCACUAGAGAAAGCACACCUUGUAGCUUGAUGAAGGAUUCAGAAACCAUUGCAACUCCUGGUUCGACCACAAGGCGGAGAAGCUCUCCUUCAACUCAACCAAGAGGGUGGAAUGAUGUGCAGAGAUUCAUCUCUACGACGCAUGAAAUAGAGGAAUUUUUUGCUUGUGCGGAACAACAGCAGCAGCAACAGUUCAUUGAGAAGUAUAACUUUGAUAUUAUGAACGAUUUGCCUCUUCCAGGACGAUAUGAAUGGGUGCAAGUGAUACCAUAAUCGGAGCCCAUUCAACUCUACUCCCUGAAACUUCCUGAUUAAUUUCAUGCGCAAGCAGUGUGGUAUAACAUUCCCAUUGCUCUUUUGAGUUAAUGUAAAGAUUGAUUAAACCUUGGCUAAGAUGUGUAAUUUAAAGAUCUGUAACAUAACAGAGCUGAUGAAUUGCACUAACAAAUUACAUGCCUGAAAUCCUUUGUUAAAAGGAAAAAGAAAUAAUCUGUUAGGAGUACAUCAUGUUUCUAGGUUUUCUUUUCCAGUCUUUUCUCCAUGUAGUUUCACUUUUGUCUAUACUUGGGUAGGGAUGAACAUGGAUGAUCUCUGGAAAUAAAUAUAAGUCAUUGUCAUUUUAAUACCUUGUCUUUUCCCAUGUUUUUGUACCUUUCAAUAAUAUCUGUGAGAUAAAACAGCAUUACUUACCUGCAAUUUGGAUUUAAGUUUGGCUGCUGGAGAUCACAAGAUGUUCUUGGGAAAAAAAAAUCAAAAUGUCUUUUCUCCUUCAAUUUAAUGUUUUCGAAGACAAUUGUACAGGCAAGUUAGAUUUGUAACCACAAACCAGUUUUGUAGUUUUAAAUGGUUCAGUCCCAGACAUGCUUUAUUAUCAUUCCAAACAUUAUGGCCCAGAAAGAGAUUUGAAUUCCCUCUGCAACCCCUUUCUUUGAUUUCCUUUAUGCAUGUUUAACAAGAAACUCACCCCUUUAUGUUUGGACAAAUGGGAUUCAAUUACAAAUACCAGUAACCUGUAACCCUAGUGGGCCAUUGAAGCAGUCAGGGAUUGUUAAGUGGUAGAUUGUAUCUUACUGGAGGACUUCGGGUUCUCUGCUAUUUCUGACAAUAUUGUUUGCCUUAACUUUUGUUUUUCCUCUCUUUGUGGUGAAGCAUUAAUUGAAUGUACAUGAAUGCAGAAGACCUUUGUGUCACAUGGGAUACUGCACGGCUCUACAGAGUUUCUAGUGUUAUGUGUUCAACCUUAGAUUUGAUGAUGUUUCUCUUUUUUCCAUUUCUAUGCCUGUGAGUGAAUGCAAAUGCAAUGCAUCUAUUCAUUCAUUACCCUGUGGAAGACUGGAAUUUGCAAACUUCGUUAGGCUGGCAGGUCAACCAAAUUUCAUGCUUUUGUCUGUCCACUGUCCUGAUUUUUUAUUUCUUUUUGGCUGCACAAGACAAUAAAUUUAAGCAAAUACUAGUUCUAAUUUAUUGCAAUGUUUCUUCAAGGAUGUCUUAAAAAUAU